AUGGCUGAAGAUCUCCAUGACAAUCCGAGUCCCAUCGAGUCGGCAGAGGCCUCGACCGCCCGGUCAGGUCCCCGCAGACUCCCGAAGAAGCGGACCAAGACUGGCUGUUUAACUUGUCGAAAGCGCCGUAUCAAGUGCGGCGAAGAGAAGCCGAUAUGUAGCAACUGCGUCAAGUCAAAGCGAAUCUGCGAGGGCUAUGCCCAGCGCGUUGUCUUCAAGAAUCCCAUCGGCAUCUUCGGGUCUUUUGGUCAGCCGCAUAGUCAGGAUCCCCAGAUGCUACAGCAGCAUAUGGGAAUGCCCAUGUACAACGAUUAUGGCGCACAACUCCCGCCCCAGCAGGCUGCUGCCGCUGCCCAGCAUCCAAUGCUUGCCCCGCGACCUGUUGAUUCGGCUACAAUGGGGUACGACUCAUUCCCGCCACAGAUGCCACCGCCAGAUAGGGCCCAGCCGGGAAAUACUCCUCCGUUCUACUACCCACCUGGUCAAAUUCCAGUGCAAGCGCCGACUCAUAUGUGGCAGCUUGGGCAAUUGGGUCAUACUGAGGGCGUGCCGAUCCCACAAGCCAGCACUGACUACUCACAGGCACAGCAACCAGUUCAUUCGGUUCAAGCAAGCACUCCACAGGUUUCACAGGUUUCACAGGUAAACAUACAAUAUCCGCCUCCGAUCACCAGUCCAAUCGGACAGACGGCUGAAGAAUACGCCUCGAACCUGUCCCCGGUUCCGGCUCUCAAUGCUUCAUUGGGCAAAAAUCCGGACAUUUCAACGCAGAUGACUCAACCGCUGCCAACUAUAUACCAUUAUCAGCCACCACCGGGCCAAUUGCAACAGCAAUCAGGUCAUCUUGAACAGUACAUUCCCCAACAGCCGCAGGUUAUUUAUAUGGAAGACGAAACCGAAGACUACUAUGAUGUGGAUUCAGACGAUGAGAUGGACGACCAAUCCCGGGCCGAAGGCUUCAACCAGCUGAGUCUCAUUAUGGCAUCUGCCAACCGCGACGAACAGCAAUUACGCUCCUUCACCACUUAUCUGAACGAGCCCAAUAUUCUCGCCUCGUACCGUCCUUCAUAUGGCUCUUCUCCUCUGAACAAUCCCAAAACAGCCCGCAUCUUUGCUCACUUCAUUCAUUCCACUGGUCCUUCUUUAUCGAUCUUUGAACGCCAUCCUACCGACUCUUCGAUUGUCCUAGGAGCUGCCGUGCCUACUGCACGGCAAGGUUUGUGGACCUAUACGCUUGCUCUCAAAGCUUUGGAGCACCCCGCACUACUUCAGUCGAUUUUGGCAGUCAGUAGUCUGCAUAUUGCAAACUUACAGCAUACCCCUGCUACAGUGUCCCUAAAACACUACCACUACGCAUUAAAACGAAUCGGCUACGCAGUCGGCCUACCCCACCGACGCAAACAAAUCGGUACCCUGGCGGCCACCCUCCUGCUUGGCUAUUAUGAGGUGAUAUCGGCUGACCACUCCGGGUGGAACAAUCACAUUGCCGGGUCCGCCCAGCUGAUUCGAGAGGUCGAUUUUGCCACCACAACCAGAGAUCUCCGAGCUCAUCGGCGGAGGCUACACGAGCAGCGACGCCAGUCGGAUUGGUCAAAUUCGUGGUGGGGAAUGUCUGGCGAUGUCUCUGAGGAUGAUCCCUUCGAAGAGAAAGAGGGCAACAUCGAUGAAGACCUCAUUGGAACCCUUAUGGGUCGUGCAAUCAACUAUGAUCAAUUUGGAGGUGUUGAUGAAGGCAACACACCACCACCCAAAAAGCACUUUUCUCGCAAGGAUAUUGAGGUUUUCCGAAUUCAGUGCGAUCUAUACUGGUGGUUCUUCAAACACGAUGCGUUCCAGAGCUUUAUCGGUGGGAACAAAUUAUUAAUGCCCUUCUCUCAACGCGGUCAGUGCCCACCUCGAGCGGGUGUCGGUCGGUUAGAUGCCAUUUAUGGCUCGGCGGAUCAUCUAUGGAUGUUGCUCGCUCGAGUGACGGACUAUGGCUUGCGUGACCGGAAGCGAAAGCUGAAAUCGUUGAAGGCAGGUGGGAAGGAUUGGAGACCUGGUCCUGAACUGUUCAAGUUCAUGGGUCGCUUUGCCGGUGGCCCUCGAGGGCAAAGGCCAGGCCCGGGAGGUCCAGGGGGUCCACCUGGCGGCCCUCCAUCUGGCCCCCCAUCUGGCCCCCCGGUCCCCCUGGUAUGCCACCUGGAGGUCCGGGCGGCCAGCCGACACGGGAGCCUGCUGCCACCGGCUCGACUUCCGUCUGGAUUUCAGGAUAGACCGCGUGAGCCGCGGGUGUCACCUGAUGCGGAUGACGAGAAUGAGAUGAGUUACAAGGAAGCAGAGCAGGAAUGGGAAGAGAUCUUAGCUGCCAUGGAGAUAUUUGCCCAUGCGCUAGGCCGCGACUUUCAGCCUCUGCCAGCGGAUGUCACGCUGCCUAUCGCGACACCCUUUGGUCCCGCCCUUCAAUAUCGCACGCACACCAUCGCCGUCAUCUGGGGAUUCUACUAUGCUGUGCGGCUUUUGUUGAACCGGCUCCACCCUUGCAUGCCGCCGGCUAUAAUGAUGGCAGCAGGAGUGGCUGCUCCAACAACAGCUGAGUUGGCUCAAACCAUAGGAAAGGUUUUCUCGGGUGUUUACUACCCGCAACGCCAUAGCCUCGAAGCGGGCAGCCUCAAUCCCAAUUUGGGUUCCUCAUUAACAGAAAUGACAGUCCCGCUCUUCUUUGCGGCUGUACAGUAUACCGAUGCUAAUCAGCGGGCUUGGACGAUUUCCAAACUCCGAGAUAUCUCUCGUCUGACAGGAUGGAAGUCUUCCGAAGCUAUUGCCGGUGGCUGUGAAAAGGCAUGGACUGUGGCUGCCAAACAAGGCCGAGGGCCACCCUAUCAACGGUCCUUUGAGACUGCGCGAGAGCGGCAGCUUCAACAAGAGGAGGCUGUGCUGGAAAUGAAUGAGGAUCGCCGUUUUGUGACGGUCAAGAAAGAUCGAUCUCAUUGGGCUAUGGGGGUUUUAGAGGAGGACAUAGCUAAUUUGGAAGUUCAGCCGCCCGCGUCAUCCACGGUUCACGUCAUCCCGGACUUUGUCUUUUGUCUGCAGGUGAUAACGAUGUCUCGCUAUGAUGACUACCGUUCAUCAACAGGGACGCUGGACUCGCGAGACCGCCACGACCGCUACUCACGGGGCCCAGCCGUAGUCGACCGACCCCGCCAUGCCGAAGAGCGCUUCGAAUCCCGGCUCCGCGACGAAGACAGAUACGGACCCCCUGCACGCGCACCAGGGCGCAUCUACGAGGAUGAAUACCUAGACCACCCGGUCCCUGCAGGUCCUCUUGUGGCGCCUGAUCGGCGCCGACGCCGUGACGAGAGCCCCUCCUUUGAACGGCCCCGUCUACUUAGGCGCCAGUCAUCGCUGGACACUUUUGAUCGCAUCCCCCGGCGCAAGAUGGAGACUCUCGAUGUCCGAGAUCGUGCCCCUCGCAUGCCCCGCGUUCCUGCUCCGCCUCGGCGCCACUUCUCUCCUGGACGUUAUCGGGAGCGCGAGGUUUAUGAGGAUAUAAGGAUCGCUGAGCCUGAUUACUAUGGUGAUGAGGAGUUCAGGGAUGUUCGUGAGAGAGACAUGGUUGAUCAUCGUCGCCGCUCGAGUAGCAAUGCUCAUAGACAUCAUGAGGAGAAGCCUUACCCGCGCAAAGGGAAGACCCGUGUUCCUCGUCACCUUGCCCAUGUCCAUGCCAUCUUAGAUCUAGGCUACCCAUACAAGGAGGAGGAUGAUGUGAUCGUGAUCCAGAAGGCUUUGUCAAAGGCUCAGAUUGACGAAGUGAUCAUGCUGAGUCGCGAGUUCAGAAGACCUCCCAGCCCGGUAGAGACUGAAUACCUUUCCCCCGUUCGUCCCCGCGAGCGUGUCACGACUGAAUACUUGCAAGUCGAGGCAGCUCCUUCUCCACGUUCGAGCCGUGAUGCAUUCAUUGUUGAGGCAGCACCUUCACGACACAGGUCCCAUUCGCGCCAUCACCACCAUGAUCACUACGAAGAGAUUGUGGAUCGACCAAGAAUGCGGGGGAUCUCCCGGCCGCGUUCGGUGUCAGUCCACGCACACCAUCCCGUACAGUACAUUGAGCAGCGCGAGUCCGAUAAUGUUCGCACUGGCCCAAUGGUUCUUGUGCGUCCACGAGACAGUGAUCAUGGUGUGGACGACUACAUUCGUCAACUUGAGGAGGAGACUAGACUUCUUCGCCUAGAGAGAGAGGGUGGCAUUGAGAUUACCCGGCAACGUGAUACCGAAAUCAUUGAUAACAGAGGCAAUGAGGAGGAGGUUACGGAGGUUCGGAGACAGGAGCGCAAAGAGCCCAACUCUCGCAUUAUGCGUGCUAUGAUGGCUACUCUUACUUGA